AAUAACUACCAGACGGACCGUAGCUCGCGAGUUGAGGGUCAAAUGUUUUGAGAAUGUGCUGGUAGAUUCAAAGAAAUGUCAAGUUUCUCCAGAUCUGCCCAGCAAUGGGCGACUUUUGCUCGUUCCUGGUUCCUGAUCGAUGCCAGAAUGCAGCCUCCUGGGAAGAUCGCGACCGUGUGUUCUGUUAGAUUACAGGGGAAACACAAGCCUAUCUACCACGCACUGAGUGACUGUGGCGACCAUGUUGUACUUAUAAACACAAAACAAAUAGCUUUCUCUGGAAACAAAUGGGAGCAGAAAAUCUACUCAUCACACACGGGGUAUCCAGGGGGAUUCAAACAGGUCACAGCUGCCCAGCUGCACCAUAAAGACCCCAAAGCUAUUGUGAAGUUAGCGGUUUACGGCAUGCUGCCAAAGAAUCUGCACCGCCGCACCAUGAUGCAGCGAUUACACAUCUUUCCUGAUGACGAGCUGCCAGACGAUAUCCGUGCCAACCUGACGGAGGAGCUGCCUCAGCCCAGAGAAAUCCCCAGGAAACUCAGCGAGUACACGCAGGAGGAGAUGGAUGCCUUCCCCAGGCUGUGGACACCGCCUGAAGACUACUUGAUGAAAUGAAAUCCAGGCUGCCCGACGGGACCACAACUUUGGGUCAACCUCGAUUUUAUAUUUCUGGUUCUGGUACUUAAAACCAGAGGUCUUUUAUGAUAUAUUAUCUGUUUUAAGACACACAACAAGUUUUCUGUUCAGAAGAACUUUGCAAAAACUAAAUCCAGGAAACAGCACUGGCUUUUUUGUGUGCUUUAAAUCCCAAACUGGCAUUAAAGCGGGACUGGACUGGAAAGCACGAGUCUUAACCUAGAGGCCGAAGUUACCAACUCAAACUCUGUGCUCCUCCUAUAAUACACACCCCUCUGUCAGUCGUAUUACAAUUGCAAGGAGACCUGCAAUAGUCAGAAACGGCUCAAUAUGACAUCUGGUCGAGCGGAUCCUGCCUUUGGUUUGUAGGUUCACUGUAAAAAACAAUCAACGCGAUACGACUCGGGCCAUCAGGUUGGUCAGGAAAUCCUGAACUUUCUGUCUAGUCGGUGUUAGAAAUGUCCAGAGUUGUGAAAGUAAAAGUGUAUUCUGUUUAUGUAAGUUGUAAAAAAGGCUAAUAAACAAUUUAAUUAAA